CUUAUUAGAUAGACAUAUGGCAAAGUAAUCUUGGCUUGGUGAGUGGAAACAAACUGCUCCUGCAUUUGACGCCUUUCUUUGUUUCUCAGAAGAGAGCAUGAGAGUUGCAACCCGCUUUGUUUCUCCAGUGAAGUUGCACCAUGUCAAUUAUAAGCCAAGAUUGAGGAGCUGUUAUAAAGAGCUUGAGUUAUUGUGUUUAUCAUUUUCUGUCUGAAAUGUCUAGGGGAAUAUUGCAGCAUAGUUCUUAUUAACUGUCUCAUUUCAGGAAUGCGGGUGGACAUACAUUCUUUGAGGUCUGACUCAAUUUGAAAGUUGAGGAGUUAACAUACUUUUUGGUGACUACAUGGCAUAAAUUGCCAUCAAAGGUUUAUAACUUUAUAUAACUUUAUAAUACAAACUUCUUUUCUGGGUGUCAAUAUUCCUGUUUGUGGGUCAGGGACCAAUUACCAACCUCUACGUAGAGGUGCUCACUAGAGUUGAUCUGAUAUUAACUGGAAAGUUACUGUUGAAUACACUGGAGUAUAGAAUUUUUGUAUCUUGGUGAGGUAGAGGAAUAGUUCUUUUCGUUUUUGAUAAUCUUUUAUGUACUUCAGACUGGAGAACAUUUUACUUAUAUAUAUUUGGGAGAUCAUAUGUAAGAGCAUGCACAACGGCGGAUAAUAAAAGGGUUCUUCUUGG